UCUUCGACUCAAGUUCAAACUCUUCAACGUAUUCCUACACUGGGCACCCGUGGUUCCAGCCUAGUUUCGAUUCCAGUGAGCCACCUUUUGUCUGGCUCCUCAGUAUCUGCCUUAACACUUGGCGGCGGCCUAGCUACCUCUUCUACGGCCUCCACUCUUGGACCUACUGCCUCCAAUUCUUCUUCCACCUUCUCCACCUCCCUCUCUCACAGCAGAAUUCAUUCUCGCCUUACCUCUAAUCUCGUGUCACCUCUCGUAUAUUCCAACGUAGGCUCAAUUCAUGAUUCGUCUGCUGUUCCUGCCGCACUCACUACAAGUGCUGUCAGUCCAGGCCAUAGUUAUCCUACCCCACCGGCCCCUCUUUUUACAGCAGUUCCAGUUGAUCCCGCAGUCGCCCAGGUACUCACACGCCUCUCUCGCAGCCUGGCAGCUUGUGGCCGACGCACCCGUUCCAAUCAGGCUGAACUACAAUCCCUAAAGUUUACACAAGACAGCUAG